CCACACCCUUCUCUCUGCUCAGAGCUUAAGAAAGAAAGAGCCUUUGUGUCUUUCACACUCUUACUCUUUUUUCUUUCUCUCUUUUUUUGGACCUGGAAAUUUGAAUUGGGUUGGAUCCGGAAUGUCGUCGACCCAGAACCGCCGGUCAGGUUUUCCGUCGUCGUCGCUGGCCAAGCGGCAGGCUUCGUCGUCGUCCUCGAAUGUGGGGAAGUUUCCGGUGGCGGAGCCCAGAUUGGCCAAGAAGCGAGCACCGUUGAGUAAUCUGACCAAUCGGAGCAAUGUGGGGGCCGGUAGUGCUUCGAAGAGUGCGUUGGUACCUUGUAAGAUUGCCAAAGUGAAGAAGGGAUCACCUGCUAGCACCAGUAAUAGAGGAAUCUCAGGGAGUAAUGUACCUGCUGCUUCGUGCAGUGUUAAACCAAGUACUAUUGUUCUACCGAAAGUGACUGCUGUCCAAAGAAGUGAUGAGGUUUUCCCAAAGUCUACAUCUGUCCAAAGGAGUGGAGAAGCUGCCCCUAUCUCAGUUGUCAUACCUGUCCCCUGUAACAUGGAUGAAUCUCCAAGUAAAUCGGAUGGAGAUUCUGUUUCUAUGGAUGAGACAAUGUCGACUUGUGAUUCUUUCAAGAGUCCGCAAGUGGAGUACAUCGAUAACAAUGAUGUUCAAGCAAUUGAUUCUAUUAACCGAAAGACAUUCAGCCACCUCCACAUCUCAGACCAACCAGAAACUACAGGGAUCGUCUGCAGUAGGGAACUACUUGUGGAGUUGGAAGGAGAUGGUAGUGUUGCGGACAUUGAUAACCGUUUCAUGGAUCCACAGCUCUGUGCAACCUUUGCUUGUGAUAUUUACAAGCACUUGCGUGCUUCUGAGGUGAAGAAAAGGCCUUCCACAGAUUACAUGGACAAAAUUCAGAAAGACAUUAAUCCAAGCAUGCGUGCAAUACUUGUUGAUUGGCUUGUGGAGGUGGCUGAAGAAUACAGGCUUGUACCUGAUACAUUGUAUCUGACUGUGAACUACAUAGACCGAUAUCUUACAGGGAACCCUAUGAAUAGACAACGGUUACAGUUACUUGGUGUUGCUUGUAUGAUGAUUGCAUCAAAAUAUGAAGAGAUCUGUGCACCCCAGGUUGAAGAGUUUUGUUACAUUACUGACAACACAUAUUUCAAGGAAGAAGUUUUGGAAAUGGAAUCUUCUGUUUUGAAUUACUUGAAGUUUGAAAUGACAGCCGCAACAACCAAAUGCUUCUUAAGGCGAUUUGUUCGCGCUGCUCAAGGGGUCAAUGAGCUUCCAUCAAUGCAGUUGGAGUGCUUGGCAAACUAUCUUGCAGAACUAUCACUUCUAGAUUACAGCAUGCUUUCUUAUGCUCCAUCACUUGUAGCUGCUUCUGCAAUAUUCCUGGCGAAUUACAUAACACUCCCCUCAAAGAGACCAUGGAAUGCUACCUUGCAGCAUUACACACUAUACCAGCCUUCGGAUUUGCGUGAAUGCGUCAAGGAUCUCCAUCGCCUAUGUUGUGAUAACCAGAAUUCUAGUUUACCUGCUAUCAGAGAGAAAUACAGUCAGCAUAAGUACAAGUAUGUAGCCAAGAUGUACUGCCCACCAACAAUCCCUAAAGAGUACCAAGCAUAGCAAGGGUAUUGUACUACUACUCCAAUACUCUGUUGGACUUCUGGUAGCUUAACUUUUAGCGGCUAGUUUUUCUUCUCCAUGCCAAUGA